UGAAUAUCAAAAACAUUAUGUAACUUCAGAUUGUUCCUUAUUAUAGAAUAAAAUUAUAUAAUUUUAGUUGCUUUGAUAAUUUGCUUAUUUAUUUAGAGACAAGAUCUCACUAUGUUCCCCUGACUAGCCUGGAAAAGAUUGUUUUAUAAUAUGCUAAUAGAUUGUGUUAAAUUAUUUUUUCUUAAUACACGCUAUUGUAUUGUAAAAAAUUGUUUUUAUGCUUUUCCUCUUCUGGGGACAGUGAUUAGAGGCACUCAGGAUGGUCCAGCAUUUUACAUACCGUCGUAGGCUUUCCUACAAUACAGCCUCUAACAAAACUAGGCCGUCUCAAAUCCCUGGCAACAGGAUUGUUUACCUGUACACCAAGAAGGCUGGGAAAGCACCUAAGUCCGCUUGUGGCGUAUGCCCAGGCAGACUGCUAGGUGUUCGAGAGACCCAAGUCCUUAUGAGAUUGUCUAAGACAAAGAAGCAGGUCAGCAGGGCCCAUGGUGGCUCUAAGUGUGUCCAUGACAGGAUCAAGAUGGCUUUCCUUAUUGAGGAGCAGGAAAUCAGUAUGAAAAUGUUGAAGGCACAAGCACAGAAUCAGAAAGCAAAGUUUUUUAGGUAA